CUCUCUCUCUCUCUCUCUCAUAAAGUUUUUAAUUUUUGCGCGCGCGCAUGUCAGUGUGUCUGGUGGAGCGUGCGAGAAGGGAGGAGGGGCGUUAACUUGGUGAGGUAGCGAUGGCGAGUAGUGACGAGGACGAUGAGGGUGUGCCAACGCUUGUGGAUGCCACUGGGAGCUACGUGCCGCCUGAGCUUGUGCCAGCGCCUUUGAGUCAAGCAGAACCCAGCAGCAGUGCCGCUGUGCCUGUUGCAGCAGACCAAGUCGAUGCCAAACCCGUGCCCGUGACCAUCCUCACUGGAUACCUAGGUGCCGGCAAGACCACCUUGCUCAACUACUUGCUCACUGCCAAUCACGGGUACAAGAUUGCCGUCAUCCUCAACGAGUUUGGCGAGGGAAGUGCCGUGGAAAAGUCAAUGUCUGUGGGAACCGAGGGCGAGCUCUUUGAGGAAUGGCUGGAGCUGCGCAAUGGGUGCUUGUGCUGCAGUGUCAAGGAUGUGGGUGUCAAAGCCAUUGAAAACCUGAUGGAGAAGAGGGGUCGCUUUGAUUACGUUGUGCUGGAAACAACCGGUCUAGCCGACCCCGGCCCCAUUGCCUCCAUGUUCUGGCUAGACGAUGCUCUUUGCAGCCAAGUCAAGCUUGAUGGUGUUGUGACAGUCAUGGACGCAAAGUAUGGCUUGCAGCAACUCAAGGAGGAGCGACCUGCCCAUGUCAUGAACGAAGCCGUCCGGCAAGUUGCCUUGGCCGACCGUAUCCUUUUGAACAAGAUUGACCUCGUCAGCGAGGCAGAACGCGAUGAGCUGCGCCAAGCCGUGCAAGGUAUCAAUGGGCUCGCCCAGAUUGUCGAGACAUCAUAUGCAAAGGUGCCCAUGGACUUUGUUUUGGGCAUUCAGGCAUUUGACCAAACCAAGGCCGAGGCUGUGCUAGCGGCGCAACAAGGCCACACCCACGACGAUGCCACCGUUCGCACUGUGACCUUUGAACAAGCCGGACCGGUGGAUGAACGCGCAGUCGAGAGCUGGUUGGAGCAGCUGCUCUGGGAGGGCAUGCUCGACGGCCAGGCCGUGGCUGGUCUUGAAGUCUUGCGUGCCAAAGGCGUCUUGGCCAUCCAUGGCCAAGAUAAGCGUGUCAUUUUCCAAGCAGUUCGCGAGUUGUACGACAAGACAACGACGAGCGAGUGGGAACCCACCGAGCCGCGCAUCACGCGAAUGGUCUUUAUCGGGCGUAAUCUGCCCGACGGGAUGGCCGAAUCUUUCGCACGCAACUGCCUCCACACGACAGCCUAGACGCUUUCUUCCAGUAGUGAUUAACCUGUGGGGCCGACACCAAAUUCCAGAUCAGGCAC